AUGAAUGACGAUGUGCUCCAAUGUAAACGAAAGGCAAAAGAAUUAAUUUCAUCGCAAAAUCCACCACGGAACGAAAACGGCAAAAAGAAAGGCUAUAUUGAAGUGAUGAAACAGCUUUGGGACGACAAAGGAUAUGGGCAACACGGGCUUAAGAGUUAUAAUUUACGAAAUGAAGCCGAAAAACUAGAAAAAAUGCCAGAAUAUGCCGAGGAGAGCAACAUAGUAGACACUAGUGUGAAUGCUAUUGGUGGAACAAACACGGAAAGUCGCCAAGACACUGUAAAUAUAUCUAAUAUGGAAGAAAAUUACGAAGGCAAAAAUCAAAACACGAGCGAACAGCCUAGCCAAAAUGCUAAUUUUAUGGCUUCAAAUUCGGAUUUGCAUACGAUUUCAGUGGGAGAGAAUUUAGCCGCCAAGUGUAGUCACGCAACCCAUGAAAACGGACAAAAUGAAAUUAUUUCCCCCAAAAUUAAACCACACUUACCUGAUUUCGAUGUGUUACCAUCCGAAGUAAAGGACAAAAUGUGGGGCGAUAUCAGCUACGCAAGCUUUUUCGACUUUGUCAAUGGCAUUUAUAAUGAAAUUGUCCGCUUCAGGAGAAAUAUUUUUAACAUACCGUCUGGGCGAGCCGGAAAGAAUUAUAUUGAAGAGCUGACCUUUUGGAUAAAACAAUUCAAUUCAAACUCGGACUUAAAUCCAAUUGCUUUGAAAGCAUUCAUGGUGCUUCCCUCUUUGAUUCUACAAAAGCCCUCAGCUACUUCAAAGA